GGAUUUUGUAAUGACAUCUCGUGUCAAUGACGAUUUGUGUAUUUUACAAACAAUAAUUUAUAAUUUUUCAUUACCUUUUCUGAAUAACCUUUUAACUAUUGUAUUGUAGUCUUUUAACAUUUUUGUAAAAAUAUUGACGACGUUUUUAUAGGAUGAAAACAACGGACACAUGCAUCCGUAUACGGGAUACGAAUAAAGGCAAAAUAGAUGUCGAAAAAUUCAUUAAAAGUAUUGAAGAUACGUUUAAAAUUGAUUUCAAAACAUUGCCUCAAUGGAAAUGCCUUAUCGAGAAAUUGUAUUUCGUAUCGAACUAUCGUGAGCGAAAGAUUAAAGAGGUAAAUCUACGAAAAUUCCUCAUCAUACAAAAGCUUUGUUUAGAGAACACAAGGCUAACACCAUUUGAGUUGACCGAAAGACUUGUAAGAACAUGGUCUGUUUGGCAGAAAUCUCAGUGGAUGAAUCAACUAAAACAGCAAAGAACAAACACUUUAACAGAUAUUGAGGGACCUUUGCCUUCUAUACAAACUUCUGACAAAACAACAGACCUUAUUGACGCAUCGUUUUUAGGUUUGGAAGAAACGGCAGAAGAAGACACGGUUUUAGAAGACAAAGAAAAUGAACCUAUUAAUGUUCAAGAAAGUCAUUCAAGUGAUUCAAAUUAUAGUGAACUGAGUUAUCAUUCUCUACGUUCGGAUGGUGUUGACGCCUCGGGAGUGUCUAAACCAACGGUCAAGUGAGUUUGUUGGCUGCAC